CACAGCAACGUUUCUCAAUCUCAAAACUCAUCAAUAAAAAAAUAAAAAAUAAAAAAAGAAUAUGGCAACACGCUACGAAGCUGAAGUGAAACUGUCAUCAGCUCGCGGGCUGAAAAACGUGAACUGGCGCAACGGCUCAAACAGACCAUACGCCGUCGUUUGGAUAGAUCCAAAGAACAAAUUCUCAACCAAAGUGGAUGAAAACGGCGACACCGAAGCCGAAUGGGACCAAACUCUCAUAAUUCCUUUACCACCAGAGCCAAUAGAGAAUCUCACUCUAUACAUCGAUAUCGUCCACGCCGGCUCCGAACAAGACACCAAGCCACUCAUCGGCUCGGCUCGGCUCCAGCUAGUUGAAAUUCUCAAAGACGUUGGGAUCGGCGAACGAGUUAGCCGAUCCCUUACGCUGAGACGGCCUUCAGGAAGGCCGCACGGAAAAGUAGAUGUUAAAGUUGUAAUUAAAGUACCCGACUAUCGUGGGUCGGGCUCUUAUUAUGCUCCUCCUUAUGGUGUCCCUCCACCCCCGACUACAUCGAGAGAUUAUGAUUAUAAUUAUAAUAAUAAUAAUUCCCUUGCAGCAGGGUAUGGAAACUCUUAUGGUGCGCCACAGAAUUAUGAUUAUUCUGCGGCACCACCAGCAGGAUAUCCUUAUAAUGCAGGGCCUCCGACUGCGGGGCCAGGUUAUGGGUCCACAGAGUAUGGGGCUCAAACGACGUCGUAUGGACAAGGAAGUAAUUAUGGUUAUGGACAAGUGGAGGAAAAGAAGAAAAGUAAGUUUGGUGGGAUGGGGGCAGGAUUGGCUGUAGGUGCAGUCGCGGGGGUUCUUGGUGGAAUUGCACUUGUGGAAGGUGCUGAUUUUAUUGAAGAUAAGGUUGCUGAUAAUGCUGCGGAGAAAGUUGAGGAUGAUAUUGGUUAUGACGAUGGUGGUUAUGAUGGCGAUGAUUUUUAGAGACUGAAAUUAAACUUGGGAGAUUGGCGUUUUUCUACCAAAGUAAUAAAGAAAAAGAAAGAGAGGAAAUAGUUGCUUUUACUUUGAAGAUUAAUUGAAUUGUGUGUAACAUUUGCAUAUGUGUGCAUGUAUUCUCUAAUUAAAUCUUAUUUUUGUUGGAUUUUCCGUGA